UGAAAAUGUAGCGGAAUUGAAAUUGAAACGGUUAGAGAAAUUAAAACAUUAGGUUAUUCUUAUCUCAAUUUAAAUACGUUAGUUCUUUUUUUUGUAAGGUCUCUGAGUUCAGCACGAUGUUCCAGUUACAUUUAAUGAUCUAUUGUGUGAAUUAGUUCUCUCCAAUUUUAAUGAAGUGAAUAUUUUGUUAUUCUGUAUGUUUAAUAGGCGCCAAAAAGCAAUGACUUCUCACUCAUCAAGUUCUCCGUCAUCUGCCGAAUUGGUGCAAAAAUUAGUGUCUUUAAUACUUGGCAAACCAACUGAUGCUGUAAAGACCCAAUAUCGUUUUGCUCUACAAGUGCUAAAUUGUUCGUUUUCAAACCAUGUUAUUGAUGAAUUUUCUUUGUGCGAACAGAUAAAGAAGAAAUUCGUGCAAGAAAACAGAGUUAAGGACGCAUUGACUUUUGUUGAGCUGCAUCGUAAAUUGCAAUCUAGUGAAGUUCUGAAAAAUCGAGCAAAUGUUUUACAUUUCUUGCAUUGCUUAUUUGGUUCUGAGCGAGACAACAAAACUUUUAGUCAACUGCACUCUCAAAUCACCUUUUCUAAAUUGGAGUCAUUAGAUGCAGAACUGGCUUUAAACACUCCUGAUGUAAUCAAUAAACAUAUCAACAAAUCAUUAUCUAACACUGUGGAUUUGGGUGACUUUUUCAUAAAAUCUGAAAAUAAAGAUGGUAUAGUAGAUUCUCAUUUUUCCAAGUAUAGUAAUAAGUCUGCAGGAUGCAAAGACAAUUUGGAGUCUAUUGAAGCUAGAAUUGCACGUGUAGCUACAAUGUUGUCUGCAAAUUCUGAAAGGGAUCUUACUCUGCCUAAUGUAAAAUGUGAUCAGACUGCUGUUAAAGCUUUGGGAUCUAGGUCAGAAGAGAGUAAUUUAGGUUCUCUGUGCUAUAAUUUGCCAAAUAUCAGGUUACUUUUGCGUGAUAUAUUAUAUGUUCUUCAAGGUCUUAGAGGAGAUGUCAUAUAUUGGGUACCAGAUGUCACAACAAACUUCACUGAAUUCAAUGUGGACUUGCCAAAUCCGGUAAAAAGACUUGCUUUGAGAUUUCUUGAACUUGGUUGGAUGUAUCAUCAAAUUAAUCAGUUCUGUGAAGUCGAUAGCAGAUCAUUAUCCCCAGGACUUUUAGCCCAGAGUUUUGUAGCUGCUUUGAAAUCAAAGCUGGUUGAUUAUUACAAGUUAAUUGCUGAACUUGAAGCAUUACUAAUACAAGAAACAACCUUGGAACAUACUUAUAGUGCUUCCAAUGCACUCACUUUACAUAGACUGUCUGUUUGGCUUUUUGAACCUCAUACUCAAUUGAAGAUACUAGCAUCUGUUGUAAAUGCUUGCAAUGGAAAAAAAGGUGGUGCUAUUGCAUCUGUUUUAUAUUCUCAUUUGCAGCAUGGUGACAAUUAUGUGCGUGCUUUAAUUCAAAACUUGUUACGAGAUGUUACUCGUCCUCUUUUCAAGAUGCUAAGUAAUUGGAUUUAUUGUGGUGAAUUAGAUGAUGCAUAUGGAGAAUUUUUUGUUGCUGCAAACACUACUGGUUCUGAUGCUAAUCUGUGGAAUGAAAAAUACAGCUUGAACAAAGCCAUGAUACCUUCUUUUAUAAAUAUGGAUCAAGCUAGAAAGAUACUAUUAACUGGUAAAGCAAUUAAUUUCCUACGACAAGUGUGUCAUGAUAAUACAUUUGCUAAAGAUGAAGAUCGUCGUAUGAAAGCUCUUGAAAUGUUGAGUACAGAGUCUCUUUUUUCUCAAGAAAAGGAUGCUAAUUUUGAAAAUAUAUUGGAAAAGAAUUACUUGAAAACAAGCAAAACAGUCUUACAGGUCUUGCAUGAAAAAUAUAAUUUGAUGGAUCAUUUAAUGGCUAUGAGAAAUUACUUCCUAUUGGGCCAAGGAGAUUUCAUAAGGCACUUAAUGGAUCUUUUGGAGACAGAUUUGUCAAAGCCUGGUAAAAAUUUGUACAUUCACAAUUUAACUGGUAUAUUGGAAAGUGCAAUACGUGCCACAAAUGCCCAGUUUCAUAAUCCUGAGGUUUUGCAAAGAUUGGAUGUUAGAUUGCUUGAAGUAUGUCUUGAUGACACUGGCUGGGAUGUAUUCAGUUUGGAUUACCAUGUAGAUGGGCCUAUUGCCACUGUAUUUACAAGUCAUUGUAUGCAUUCCUAUUAUAAGCUUUUUCAUGUUUUAUGGAAAGCUAAACGGAUGGAAUAUAUACUAUGCAAAAUAUCUCAUUCUCGUAGCUCUUACUCAAAAUAUCAAGCCCAGAUACCCGAAAUAACUCCCGUCCUGUAUCAGUGUCAUAUAAUCUUGGCCCAAAUGAUUCAUUUUGUUCAACAAAUUCAAUACUAUAUGGCAUUUGAAGUCAUGGAAUGUUGUUGGGCUGAUUUACAAUUAAAGAUAGGCUCGGCUAAAGACCUUGAUCAAGUCAUAGCAGCUCAUGAGAGUUUUCUAGAUACCUUAAUUACUAGAUCUUUAUUGGAUGAAGAGAACUCGCACUUACAGGAACAGUUAGUAGGCAUAUAUUCACAAAUAGUAGAAUUUGAUAAGAUCCAAGAUGCAUUUUGGAAGAGAGUGAAAAUUGCUGCCACAAAAAUGGAUGAAAUGACGGAAAUGAUUGAAACGAAAACUAGCAAGAAUGAAUGGGGUUUAACUGAAAGUCAAAAAUUAGAGUAUUUAAAGCCAUUAAAUCACCUGAAAACUGAUGUUAUACCAAAGACAAAAGCAAUUCUUCGUAUUUUAUCUAUUAAUUAUGAAGAUUUUGUGCAGAAAUUCUUGAUCACACUAAAUGAUCAGAAUGAUACUAAUCUUCGUUUCUUGAGCUUUCGUUUGGAUUUCAAUGAGCACUUUAAAAAUAAAAACUCUCGACUACAAACAUCUCUUACUUAUCAAAAUCGUAGGAAAUCUAUCAAGUAAAAUGAAUUUAAUUAUAUUUGUAUAUAUAUUUAUUAUAUUUUGCUUUUAAAACAAUUGAAGCAUUUUUUAAAAAUUGUUUUUUUUCCAUCAUUUUUUUAAAUGCAUUAAUUUAGCUAAUUCUUGGGAAUUUUGUGCUUAUUUAUGUGAAGGCAGUGUAAUAAUGAAAAAUAAUUUAUACUAAUUUGCUUUUGUAUAUACUUAAUGUAUUGACCUUGUAACAUAACGUUUAUUUUGUAUAUUUAAUUCUUGUUGUGCAUAUAAUAGGAUAGAAACAUUUGCCUCUCUAACCUUGACCAUCAUUUCCUGCAGUUGCUUUUUCAAGUGAUUGUCAUAUAUGUAAAUGUUUUGAUAUUUUUCAUUUGUUUAUAGUUAAGUCCUUCUAAUGAUGUGCUUGUUUAAUAAUCAGUGGAUAAAGCUUUUUAAAUUUUUAGGUAUCAAAAACAUUUUAUAUUAUGAUUGUAUUCUGGAUAUACGAUCAAAAAUAAACUGAUGAUUAUUAAGUAGCUAUAUAAUAUACAUUAAUGGAUGUGCAAUCAAAAUUAAGCUAAAGAUUAUUAAUUAUCUAUAUAAUGUACAGUUGUAAAAUAUUUCUGCAUACUUGCAUUAUAAAUGCUUACUUUGUAAUUUAAAUGUUUCAUAUCCAUGCAUUUUAUGAAUUAUAAAUAUUUUUUACUUUUUAUAUAAUGCACUAUGUAAUAAUUUUUGGUAUUGUUCUGUUGAAAAUACCCUGAUAAUAACUGAAUGUUAGCACUAUUUCAUUAGUGCUUAUGUACAUCUUUAAAAUUUUAUUAUGAGAUUUUCCAGCCUACAUCUCGAUAAAUAAAUGAAUUUAGUGGGCUUUUGGAACUUUGAGGGAAUUCAAUCUAAUUUUUUUUUUAUCCGUAUGCAAAACUCUGAUAUUGAAAAUGUUUGCUUUAAGUUUUUUUUUUUUUUAAAUUAUUAAAAAUAAACAUUGUACCAAAUUAAAAAUUUAAUUUUUAAAAAAAUUGCUAAAUCGUUUCUAGAGAAUUGUAAAAAGUUUCUAUUUAUGUUCUGAUGCAUUUUUUUCUUUCUGUUUUGAACAUAUAGUUUGAUUUUGGGUUGAGUAAUAAAUGUUGAGUGUUUUGAUUUAUUUUAAAUUUUCAGUACUUGUCUGUUGUAACGACGACCAAAAACUGCCAAGAAACAAUUUCACCAAGUUGGCUUUCCCCGGGGGGGGGACCUCGGUAUGAGGAUGAGAUGCUUCCAACAUGGUGGUUGGAUCUCGCCACCCUGGAGGGUACACAAAAAUUUGGGGGUCUGGUUUCUCCUUUUGAUGACGGGUUGUACUUCCUAAGGGAAGAGCUGUACCUUGACCGGUGAUGGCCCUAAGGACUUGAGCACAAUUCCCAUCAGUAUUGCUGUUGCAGUGGUCCGAUAAUAAUGUAUUUAUUAUCCGUGUGCCUUCGGGCUUGUUGGAGAGAGUCAAUGAUAUGACUUUGCCAAUUUGGCGAUUUCAAUCAUCAAAUUAUAUAGCAGGUAAUUUGCAUGUUCAAAAUUUUUCAUAAUAAUAAUGCACUUGAGUAUAUUUUUAUAAUUGGGUGACAUUUUUUCUUUACAAUUUUUGGUUGCUGUUAAAACUAAAUUUUCUAAUUUAUUAAAAAAAAAUCGACAACGUAUGGUCAGUUGCUUUGUAUUUAUUUAUUUGACGCUUUCAUGAGCCAAUGUGAGUACUUGAGACAUUGUUAAUCCAAUACAAUACAUAUAUUAUGAAGAGCUACAGUCACCUUAAAACACCAUUAAAUGUUAAAAGUCUGUUGUUAUUUUUUUCCUAUUUUAAUGAUCUGGAAUUGCAUAACAAUAAGUAUGUAAAAAAACCAAAAUGCAUUAUGUCUUUGAGCAUUAAAUUCUCUUUCAAGAAGUAUAAAACAUUUUGUUGAUGUUAUUUAUUUCUUUUAGCAUUUUUUACAUGAAGAAAGAGUGAAAUGUUCAUGAAUUUAUUAUUCAACUCACUAUUUGGAAUGUGUUCAACAAGUUUGAGAUCUCGCAAGAAGUACUUUAAUUAUCUAACUAGAGUUUUGAUUUGCAAGUUAUUUUGGACUUCUUUUUUGAUAUAUAUAGAAAAUGUUUUUGUAAAUGAAAAUGUAAUACAGUUAUGACAUGUGUUCAU